UCUACAUAAUUUAUUUUAUAUUACUACUAAUCUACUAGUUUAGUAGCUAGAAUAACUAGAUAUUACUAGAUCAUUAGAUUUAGAUCUAAUCUAUAUUAGUAUAUUAUAUACGUCCGAUAUAGAGAGUCUAAUCUAUUCUAUAUAUAAUCUAUAUUCAUAAUAUUGAAGUAGUGUAGAGUCUAUAUUGUAGUACUAGUAAGGACAUUGUAGUAUAGAUCUAUAUAGUGUAUAAUAAAUUCUAGUUACUAGAGAUCUAGAUAUCUAUAUUCAGGUGCGGACUGGCUAUAUAAUAUAGGCUAACGGGCUAAUGCUCGGUGGGCUGGUACCAAAUGGGCCGGUCUGGUCGCGAUUAAAGAAAAAAAUAAUUUUCUAAUGCAGACAACUUUUAAAAAAAGUGACAGCAGCGAAACACAGAUGCCCGAACACGUUUUCUUUUUAUUUAUUUAUUAUACUUAAUUUUGUUUGAAAUUCAACAAGAACAUCAAAAAAUGUACACUAUACACUGUAGUCUGUAUGUUAGACCGUACUUUUUGCUAUGCACGAGCUGUAUGAACUUCAACACUGCUUUGAUGUCUUCAAGGUUGUAUUUGGCCUGAUCAUUUUGUUGGUCGGCAUGGACAUUUGAUCGCACUCCCUUUUGUUUUCACGCCUUCCCUCCAUCGUGUUUUGAUGGUUCCAUUGUCAGUUAGCAAAAAAGAGGGAUGAGAGAGGUUAAGUUAGAAAACAUACAUAUAGAACUAGAAUGAGAAGGGUGACACACUUGCCAGGAGUGGGAGAACAAACUCACAAUUAAACAUUGCACUCUAUCCAGAAGAAAUGAAGAAACUAAUAGUAAAUAAAAUAAAUGAGAAAUGGACAAGCUCUCAUCCAAAUCACAAGAAAGAUAAUGCCUAUUAUAAGCUAUCCCUAAAAGAUCAACGUCUAAUCUUACUACCCAAGACUGGACACAACAGAAUGAGACAUGUACUUAAAAACCGUUCUCUUUACCGUGAGGCCCGUACAAGACACUGCCCCAAAACACAUGAAUUGCAUAGGACGUAACUAUCUUAUGUUUUUAAGAAACGUCUGUAAUCUAUUAGUAAUACCAAAAAGUUUCAAACUCAUUAAGGCUGCUAUUAUAUUGUUUAUAGUUUUCAGACUACAUACAUGUAUAAAUAAAAUACAUUAUUUAAUCUUACUCAAGCAUACAUCCAGUUUUUGAUGCGUUAUCAAACUGUAUACAUUUUGAAGAGAGUCUUAGCCUACACCUAUAAUAUGACACAUUGGCUUGGCCUGGAGGAGGGGGGUUCAAAUCAUUAUUUGCCUCAGACCUCAUUGUCUGAAAAGCCAGUGCAGCCAACCUAAGCAAACUACAGUCACCAAAUUUCCUAAGCGUUGCCAAAAAGAGGUUUUGUGGUUAUCCUCCCCCUCCAAUACAAAAACUAAAGCAAAACUAUAGUUAUCACUUUCUACCAGUCGCUGGACUCCAUUAAUUAAGUGCAGUGAAUAGCAGAUUUGGUUUAUGAAUUUUUUAGCGGAAGAGCAGCAAGCUAAUUGCACUGAUGAUACAUCAGAAUGCAUUUUUUAAAGCUUAAAAUAACGGAAAUAAUGCUUUGCUCGGACCCAGCUGAAAGAGCUCACAGCGCUCUCCCCAGACUCCGUAGCUGUCCUUGGUUGUGUGUACAGUCUUUCCACUAAUUAAAAGAAGAACCUAUUCUAGGCUAAAAAAAACGCCUGAAAGGUCAGAAUGUAUUGAAGAUUAAUUACAUACAUAUACUGCAGAGGGGGGUAGAAAAAAAAUCACCCCACACCUAAAAACUCCUGGCUACUCCCAUGAUAUGACAUGCCAUUCAUUUGUGGGCCAAUUUAUAUGGUAAUGCCCGGGCCGAUUUUGAUACCCAGUCUGCCCCUGUCUAUAUUAUACUACUUUAUUUUUACUUUGUACUUUAUAGAGUCUAGAUCAGGCAUGUAAAACUCAUUAAGGUGUAUGGGCCGCAUAAAAAACUUACUAUGGCCUGAGGGGCAGCAGCCAAAAAUCAAUUGCAAAACAGCUUACUUGUUUUAUGUAAAUUAGAAACAAUACAAUAGAAUACAAUAAUUAAUGGCAUACCUGUCCCUUAGCUAAAUUUGUAGUAUAAUUUGGUAGUUAAAAAUUACUAUGAUUGCGCAUUUUUUUCUUUGUCCUGAUGCUUGACAUCUUUCUGGGAUACAAGUUUAUUAAUAUCAGGUGAAAGUGAAGUUUGUUUGCCACUGACACUAUCAUCACUGACGACAAAUUUUGGUCAGAUAAUCUCGAGCUGAUUUGUAGAACUGCUCACAGAGAUCAGCGCUUGCAAAAAUAGUUAGAAUUCUGGCUGCAAAUUUCCGCAAUUGAACGUAUCGGUUAGGUAAAUAACUAAAUUUUGGUGCAGCCACUUCUUUUUAUACUUCACUUUCAAUGAAGAAUCUAACUGCUAUUCUAUCAGCUCUAGUUGCACAUUACCAGCAGCAUUUUCAGAAGCAAAUGAAAAUGGAGAUAAAAACAACGAAAAUUCUUGCUCGUAUGAAACGAUGUCAUGAAAACGGCCAGUACUAGCGAUUCCAGGUGUGAAUGUCAACAGAUUUAUGUAAUUAAUAAUGCAUAGUCAUAUUAAUUAUAUGAUCAUGGAAAGUGCAUUAAGUAUAAUGCUGUUCUAUACUAUUACAUGUAGUAUUAUAUACUGUACUACUACAAGUAGUAGUAGUAGUAGUACUUAUUUUGAAAUAGAAUCUGGAAAAAAGGCAAAGACAAAGGCAUUCAAUAAAGAAGAUGACAGUUUAACCAAAUGUAAAGCCCAAAUACCAAAAUCUUUGAUGUUUAACUAUUAUUACCACUACCAGGAAAUCAAUUCUGAUAUCAGCCUUAGUGAUAUAAAAUAUAGUGAAGUUGAGCCAACUCAAAGACAUGAAACCUUAAUGUUUAGUGAUGAUAUAAGUAAAAAUUGUGAAACCUGUAAAAAAGAUGCACUGUCCAAUGUGCCAAUUGACAGUUUAUAUACACGUAGCAUAGAAGGAAUUGAAGAAAUGUUGGGUCAAGUUGAACAUUCAGGCUCUAAAGUCCUAGAAAGACUAAGUGGUGUUAUGACUCAUAUGGUGCAUUCCAAAGAUCAGAUGUUGAAACGCCUUGAUAAAGUCAUGGACAGGGUUUCAGAGUCUGUGCUUGAGUCCAAAGACAGAGUUAUUAAAGGACUUGAUUCUGUAAUGGAUAAGAUGUCAGAGUCUAAGAGCAUGAUGAUGGAAGAAAUAGAUUAUGUCCUUGAUAAUUUGGCUCAUUCAAAGGUUAUUACAGAUAUAAAGGCCUUGCCUGGAGAAAUAAAAGAAUCAUUCCUUUUGAGUGUGAGAAAUAAAAGCUACAUAGCUGCUGGGGUGCUGGUAGCAACAACAACAGCUGUAUUAAUUGCAGGGGCUCUAUAUUAUGCCUGGUGCCAUCAGGAUACUUGGAAUUACAGCAUUGUUCCUAUUGAAGAGUUACCUCAUUCAAAAAGCAAUGUUAUUACUCAUGUUGGAAUUCAAUUUGCAGAUGGUAGUGCUGUUAGUAAAGGCAUCACUUCUUGUUUUGUCAGUAAAAAUUCAAAUAUAGUAAAUAUGAACAAUAAACAUAUUUAAUCAUAUGUUUUACUGUUUUAUUUACUGGCGCUGAAUUUAAAAUAUGUUUUCAUCACUAUUACACAAUCCAUGAUAAGCAAGUUUGCUGUGAUAUUUCUAUAUUUUUUUUUUACUUCAGUUUUAGUUAAUUUCUUAGAAAAGAAAAAUGAUUAAUUUACAUCUUAAAAGUUAGAAAUAUAGCCUUACUACUUUGCUCUAAUAAAGUCUAAUAUCAAACUUGCUCUUCAUAUCAAAUUGUAGUGGUAUAUCCCUAUAUAUAUAUAUAUAUUUACAUAUAUGUUAUUUCCUCUUAUUACUUGUUUACAGUCUAUAUAUAUUUGAAAGUGUGUAUUAAUUGGACUAUCAAUGCAGUUUGAAUGAAAAGAAGUUAAAAGUUCCUCUUUAAGACAUAUAGGGCAUUUGCCACCAGUGCCAUAGGCCUAUUAUGAAGCGCCAUCAGGAUACUUUGUAUUUUAUUUCCUUGUAAAACUUAAAUAGUUCUUACCUGUUUAUUUUAUUUCCUUGUUAAAUUUAAUUAGUUCUCUGGUUUGUUUAUAUUUUUCUCUAGUGCUCACUACACCACUUUACAUAUCUUUACUGUAAUAUGUUCUGCCUAUUUUGCUGAAAAUAUGAUGUUACUUAUUACUCUUUGACAUUAUCUGUGACAUUUCACGUCUUGAGAAUACAUGUCAUCCCUUUGCAACUUCAAGUGUGACCAAAGGGGCCAAUCCUUGAUACACAGCUGUGGUCGCAGGUUGGGCAUAUGUAAUGACCAGGCCCUCUUGCAUUUUCACCCUUCUUUCUGCUUCUGUAUGUUGUGUAUGACCCUUUAUGCUCUCUCUCCAUGUGGAUCUAUCCAGUGCCACUUUUUCCCAGCUGCUAGUGUCGAUUUUGAAGAGCUUCAUGUCGCGUUAGCAUGCAUCCGUAUACCGUAAAAGUGGGCGACCAGGGGCUCUCCUGCCUUCUAUUAGAUCACCAGACAGAAUGUCUUGUGGAAGUCGACCUACUGGCAUUCUACGAACGUGGCCAAGCCAGCCAAGGCGUCUGCUGCUGAUAACAGAGCGGAUGUCAUGGCACCCUGCUCUUCGUAGCACUUCCUCAUUGGUUAUUUUAUCUUGCCACCUUAUUUUAAAGAUCCGGCUUAGGCACCGGAGAUGGAAGACAUUCAGCUUUUUUCCUGCCAUGAGUAGGUUGACCAUGUUUCACUUCCGUAUAACAAAGUGCUCAUCACACAGGUCCGGUAGACUAAGGCUUUAGUAUUGUUAGUCAGCAAUAUGUUGUCCCACACUCUUUUCUGCAACCGUGACAUGGUGCCCAUUGCUUUGGAUAUCCUGUUGUUAAUGUCUUUAUCCAGUACAGCAUUGUUGGAUAUGAUGGAGCCAAGAUAACAAAAGUGAUCAUCAAUUUCUAUUUAAUGUUUACUUGAGGUGCAGUAUUUGUGAACUAUUUUCUUAGUCUUGCUUUGACUAAUAUUUAAAGCCGAACUUCUGGCAAGCAGCAGAUAGUUUUUCAACCAGGGACUGAAGCUGAAUACCAGAAUAAGCCACAUCAGCUGCAUCAUCUGCAUACAGGAGUUCCCUGAUAAGUAUCUUCCUAACCUUGGUUUUUGCCUGCAGCCUUGAUACAUUAAAUUGUUUUCCAGAGAAUCUUGUAUGGAGAAAUACACCUUAGUUGAUGUCGUUGUACGCUUAAUGCAGUAGACAGAAGAAGAAUAUGCCAGAGUACUUGCGAGCACAUAUCCCUGCUUGACUCAAAAGGUGCUGAUUGGGCUCCAUUGAAUUUGACAGUACAUUUCGUUUCCUCGUGGAAGCAUCCAAAUGAUCUUCAGUAGUUUGGGAGGGCAACCUAUUUUCCUUAGGAGUUUGAAAAGGCCACUUCUGCUGACCGUGUUAAAAGCUUUAGUCAGAUCAACAAAAAAGAUGUAGAGGGGUCUUUCUCUCUCUCUCUCUCUGAAUUUCUCCUGCAGUAGUCGUAGAGAGGAUAUGGUGGAUCUACCACUCCUGAAUCCACACUGAGACUCUGGGUAGACUCUAGAAGCUAUUGCUCGCAGCCUGGAUAGUGCCACUCUAGCAAAGAUUUUGCCAACUAUGCUGAGAAGAGAGAUACCCCUAUAAUUGUUGCAGUCACUCCGAGCCCCUUUGUUCUUAUAUGUCGUGACUGUGAGAUAUGACCUGCUUCCCAGCAGCGGCAGAGGAGAUUAUAGAGUUCAGGUAGCAGGCGUGAUUCGUUGACCAUAACUACUUCCGCUGGGAUGCCAUCACUCCCUGGAAAUUUUCUAUUUUUCAUGCACUUUAUAGCUUUUUUGAGAUCACCAAGGCUCGGAAGCUCAUCUAGGCAUUCCAAUACUGGAAGAUCUUAUAAAGAAGCCAGGGUGACAUCGUCUACUGUAUUCAUUGUGGCAUAGACAUCGAGGUAGUGUUCUGUUCAUCGUUCUAGCUGCUUGUUUGAUCUGUAAUUUUUUCUCCAGAUUUUCAUAAAGGGGGGGGGGGCAGGCAGACACUGUUGGACCCAGGGCCGCUUUAAUGCCAUCAAACAGAGCUUUACGGUUUCCUAAGUAGAGACUUUCUUGAAUUCUGUUGCAGGUACCCUCCAAAAGUUGUUAGCACAUUGUCUAGCCAUUUGUUUUGCCUCUUUAUUAGCAGUUUUGAUGGCUUGCAAAGAUUUAGGACUAGGCUUUGUUUUGUGAGCGAGGUGUGCAGAUCGCUUUUUCUCGAUGCAAGGUUCCAUUCUCUUCAAACCAGUCUACAACUUUGUGCUUUUGAGUCCCAAAGGCAGUAAUUGCUGAACUAUAGAUUACAUCUCUUAAUUUCUCCCAUCUGAUAGAGAUGUCUUCUUCAUCACUUAUUGGGGGGAUUGAACUGUUCAAGAGCUCGCCAAAGAGUGCAGACUUCUCUGGGUCACUUACAUGUUUGACGUUAAUUCGCCUAGUUCUAGGUUGAAUGGAAGUAUAAGCCUUUUUGAGAAGUAGUUUGAUCUUGCUUAGCACUAGUGAAUGGUCUGAGUUGCAGUCCGCACUAUGGUAUGAGCGGGUGUGGAUGACACUUUUCAGUUCCAUCCUUCGAGUGAUACAGAGGUCAAGCUGGUGCCACCUUUUUUAGCGUGAUUGCUGCCAAGAGACUUUGUGGCGUUCCUUGCCAGGGAAGUAUGUAUUUGUCACACAUAGUUCAUGAGAGCUACAGAACUCGAGUAGCCUUUGGCCAUUGUCGUUGAUUUUGCCAACACCAUGAGGUCCCAAGCAUUUUGGCCACGCAUCAUUUUCAGCACCAACUCGGGCAUAAAAGUCUCCAUUUAUAUAGAGGUGCUCGGACUUUAGAAAUGUUAAUUACGUCCUCCAGAGCUUGAAAGAAUCUGUCUUUGUCCUCUUCUGGUGCAGUAAGGGUUGGUGAGUAAUCACAGAUUAUAUUAACUUUGCCUUGCGGUGAUGCAAAUUUCAUGUGUGCUACUCUUUCAUUGCCUAUGGGGAACAUCGCAAUGCAUGGGAAGAGACUGUUUCUUAUUGUGAAGCCGACGCCAUGUAUUCUGGGGCUUUGUUCUGGUUUUCCUUGCCAGUAGAAUGUAUAGUUGCUUUCUGUAAGAGAUCCACUGUCUGCCAGUCUGGUUUCUUGCAGGCAGGCCACAUCAAUGUUUAGUCUGCUGAGUUCUUUGUCGAUGAUAGCUGUUUGACGCAUGUCGUUGACGAGUUCAGGGUCAGUAUGGAAGCCAGGACACAUUGUCCAUAUGUUCCAGCUUGCAAAAUGCAUUAAUGUUGAGGGUUUUCUUUUGAUUGUAUUGGCAGGUGCGGGUGAGUAGCUUGCUUUUUGAUUGUGUCUUAGCACCAAGCACCCAGUGGUGCGGCAAGCUGUGGCGGGAUAGCACUUUAUUGUCCGAGAGCUGCUCGGUCAGGCAGUAGCUAUCCAGUGAGGCUGAAAAGCCUCUCCUACCAUCAAGAUUGGUCCCUGGCGUUCCAACUUACGCUAAUUAGCUAGGAACUUAUCAUCGGUAACUACCACUCUCCUUUUUUUUUUUUUUUUCAGAGGCAUUACUGUCAGAGAUGGAGUGGCCUCUCCAUUGCUGGGGGAAAGCCUGGGCGGUAAAUUUGCGAGUGCUGGGCAAAGGCACUUGUUUCGUAAUAAAACUUUAAAAAAUUAAUUUUUUGGGGGCUAGAAUGUGAAACUAGAUUCCAUUGAGUAAACCAUGAACUUUACUCUAUUUCCGCCAUGUUUCAUAUUGUUUAUAAAAAAGUUCUUUGAAUUGUUUACAAGUGUUGAAAUGUAUUACUGCAAUCCAGUUUCAACUUUUCUUCUGUAUGAUGCAUCAUUUCAGUGCUCUCUUAAAGUUGACAAUCUCUGAAUUUAUGACUUGUGUUGAGUCCCUGUCUCUUCUAUUCCUUAAUUAGUACUACCAUAAUAUUUGGAACAAAAUGUCUGUAAAGUUAUUGCAUUUUUAAAAAACUAUUUUCAAUGUUUAGGUUUUUCAAAAAAAGCGGAGUAGAUACAAGAAAUAUACCUGAAAUGCAAAUAAUAAAAAAAAAAAAUUGUUUGCUUUUUGUAACAUUUAAACUAGUUCUUGAUAUUAGAUAGUUAAUGCAUCUGCGUCAAUUAUUAUUUUUGUUUAUAUUUGUAAUAUUAUAUUUUAGAAUUUAUGAAAAUUAUAUUGUUUGAAAAAAAAAUGCAAUAUAUUUUUUCUAUUUAUAGACCAUUUUAGUUUCAUUUAUGAUAGUACUUUUAAUAUCUUAUUUUCCUAUAAUUCUGUUCAUAGAUAUUCAAAUUUUCAUUUUUGUUUUGACUAAAUUUUCAUUUUAAAUGAAAAAUAUUGUUUGAAUAGACAUAGACAAAUUCUGUUUUUAGCCUUAAUUUUGUUUUUACACCUGUAUAAGUUUUUAUUUUUUAAUAUGAAAAUAUAAUAAAAAUUCUCUUAUGUAUAUUCUGUAUUGAUGUAAUUAAAAAUAUAAAGAACAAAGAAUAUUACUUUUUCUUUUUAAAUUAUCAGGAUUGCUAAUAAUAAUUACCUUAUUCAUAUGUCAAAAACCUAUAAGACCAGUGGUUGGAUGCAAUUAAUAUUUAUUGUUGUUGCUAAAAACAUAUUUUCUUAGUUCAGGUUAUAACAUAAGUUGUGCUCUAUCCAUUUUAAACCAUCCAAAGUAAAAUUGUGUAAUAUACGUCAUAAAAAAAAUUGUUUUAAACGUGUUUUAAAAAACAGCAAACAUUUGAAAACGUUUGCAAGUUUCUUUUAACAUCCUACUUAUAAAUAUGAUUUAAUUUAAUUAAAAAUUACAUUUUAAGUAAACUCCUUUAAAUAUGCAUAUUUUUUAAAUAGCAGUUUAAUUGCCUUAGGUAAAAAAAAUAUAUAAAUAUUUUUGAAAAGCCAUUAGUCUUAUAGUUAGCCAACUAACUAUACAAUUGUACCUCAAAUAUUUCUCAGUAAUGCUCAAUAAUAUGUGUAACAUAUGCUUUAAUGUUACUUAAGUAAUUGAUUACUGCUAUUGAAAAUAUAAACACAAAGAUUGUGUCUAAAUCCAUAGUUUCCUUGCUAUCAGCGAAUUCUUUUCUCACAAACCAAAUCAAAAGUGUGAAAGAAGCAGUGUUUAUAGUCCAAAAAAAAAACAACAAAAAAGCUAAUGAGUGAGUGCCUUUUUCUUUUACAAAAUGCAUUGAGUGUCUUGUCAGACAUGCAUUUUGAUCUAAUAUGCAAUAUUAUUAGGAGAUGAUGAUGUUUGAAAAAACAAAUUUGGAACAAACCUUUACGAUAUUUAUCUGCUUGAGACCCCAUUUCCAUUUUAUAUUUAAAUUUGUAUAUGAUACAGAUUGGUUGUGAUAGUUGUGUGUAAAAUAAUCGCAUAAAAAAUUGACUGUCUUAUUUUGAAUCAAAAUGCUGGCUGAAGUUAUUAUUUCGGAUUUUUAGACGUCUUUGAGUUUGUGUCUAUUACCAUUUGUUCAAAACUUCCAAACUAUGCUUGAAGAACUAGUCCCAGUCAUGUGAAAAUCAAUCAUUUGUUACUAAAAGAAUGUUAAUGUACUAUCUUUUAAUGUCAUCCUAUGUAUUUUAAAUUGUAAACAAACUUUUAAGUAUUUAUUGUACUUUUCUUUUAUAUAUGUUAAGACAGACUGUUAGUACCAGUGUGAUAUAUUGUUACAAAAUAAAAUUUGUUAUAAAACUA